UGACGAAGGAUGAUCGCCACUCUAGCAUUUGAUAUAUCUUUUUUUACAACUUACAAGAGCUUUCUAACUAUCCUAUAAGUUAUGGCCUCACCAAUUUUAUUUUUUUGGAGCUUUUGAAGGUUCUUCCAUGCACUCUUAGGUUGCUUUACCAGAAAAAAAAAACAGGUUAGCCGAGUAGCUGUUGGUGGUGAUGAAGAAUGUGAUUCGGUUUUGAAGGUUGUUUUCAGCUGCCGGGGUCGUGGUUGCAAGUGGUUUUGGAACACUGGUGCUUGUGAUCAGGUUUUCUUUUGGAUAAAUUAAGGUUUCUCUUAGUUAUUAAAAUGUUGGAGCUUAGAAGAGAUUGUAUAAACUAAUGAAACUUGAUCUAUACAUGUCUUAGGAACUUAAUUACUUUUUAUGUAUGGAAAUUAUUCUGGCAAAAGGUAGACCUCUUGAAAGUGUGAUCACUUUUAUGGUGCUUAUCAAUAAAGAUGGUUGUGGGCUGGCCCGACCCGACAUAUAAAAGCCUGGCCAGGCACGGGCAUGAAAAAAAGCAAAGCACGACCCGUCAUGAAGCCGUGGGCUGGACUUGGGCCGUAUUUUUUGAAAAAGCACAAGAUACGUCACGACCUGACAUAUAAAAGCCUGGCCAGGCACAGGCAUGAAAAAGCACGACCCGGUACAAAGCAAUGGGCCGGGCUUGGGCAGCAUUUUUUUUGGAAAAAGUACCACAAGGCAUGACUCGACUCGGCACACUAAAUAUGUAAAACUAGGCUUAGGCAUGAUGGCCCGGCCCGGCCCAACCAAAAUCCUCUAUACAAUAUUCUGCAGAGGAUCUCAAAACGACAAUACAGGCUCUCUUAUCCAGAUUACUACAGUCUACAGGUUACUGUGAACCACAACCGCAGCAUGAACAUCACCACCUUCAAACCUCCUGUACAUCUCACACUCACUUCUACUCCAAAUUUCCCAGAAAUCUCAAACUGCAAAACCAUUAAACAAUUUAGGCAAAUCCAUGGCAAAUUAAUUAAAACUUCGCAAAUCCAUGACCCUCUUAUGUCUGCUGAACUCGUUAGGUGUUCCGCCUUUUCACUCCGAGACCUCGACUAUGCUCGUCUUCUGUUCUACCGCAUGAACCAACCAAACCCCUUUUCAUACAACACCAUUAUCAGAGCCAUUUCUGAGGAUGAAGAUGAUCCAGUUGAGGUUUUGUCUAUUUUUACCCUUAUGUUGUGUGAUGAGUUUCUCUCUCCUAAUAAGUUCACUUACCCUUCUGUUCUCAAAGCCUGUGCUAAAUUAAGAGAUUUGGUAGUGGGUAAGCAGGUUCAUGCCCAGUUGGUGAAACUGGGAUUGGAAGAUGAUGAGUUUGUUGUUAGCAAUCUUUUGAGGAUGUAUGUCUUGUGUGGGAUCAUGGAUGAUGCUCAAUUAUUGUUUUUUCAAAGAACUUUGCAUGAUAAUCGUACUGUAAAUCGUGAUGGGUUUCUGGGUAUGGAUGGUGUUAGUAAGAGGAGACAAGAAGGUGAUGUAGUUUUAUGGAAUGUAAUGGUUGAUGGGUAUAUCAAACUCGGGGAUAUGAGAGCUGCACGCCAACUGUUUGAUAAAAUGCCUAAGAGAAGUGUGGUUUCAUGGAAUGGAAUGAUUGCUGGCUAUGCUCAACGCGGUUGGUUUAGCGAUGCAAUUGGGGUUUUUAGAGAGAUGCAAAUGGUGGAUGAGAAUGUUAAACCAAAUUAUGUGACAUUGGUUAGUAUUCUUCCAGCAAUUUCUCAUUUAGGUGCACUUGAAUUAGGCAAAUGGAUUCAUUUAUAUGCUGAUAGAAAUGGUUUUAACAUUGAUGAUGUUCUUGGUUCUGCACUGAUUGAUAUGUAUUCCAAGUGUGGUAGUGUUGACAAAGCACUCCAAAUCUUUGAAACCCUUCCAAAACAGAGUACCAUUACAUGGAAUGCUGUUAUUAAUGGGCUCGCUAUCCACGGCCGUGCAACCGAGUCUAUUCAAUACUUCACAGAAAUGCUAGAAAUGGGGAUCAAACCUAGUGAUGUCACCUACAUUGGUGUUUUAACUGCAUGUAGCCAUGGUGGAAAGGUGAAUGAAGGUAAAAGGUUCUUCAAUCAUAUGAUAAAGGUAGCUGGUUUAAACCCUAGGAUUGAACACUAUGGUUGCAUGGUUGAUCUUUUAGGCCGUAACGGGCUCUUAAAAGAAGCCGAGAAAUUCAUACGCGACAUGAACAUGAAACCCGAUGCUGUCAUUUGGAAGGCCUUGUUAGGUGCUUGUAAGUUACAUAACGACAUCGAAAUGGGAAGAAGAGUAGCUAAACAUCUAAUGGAAAUGGCUCCUUCUGAUAGUGGAUCAUAUAUUGCUCUUUCAAAUAUGUAUGCAAGUUUAGGAGAAUGGGAUGAAGUUGCUCGAAUUAGGUUAUUGAUGAAGGAUAGAGACGUGAGAAAAGAUCCCGGUUGUAGCUGGAUCGAGCUCGAUGGAGUUAUCCACGAGUUUCUCGUAGAAGAUGACUCGCACCCUUGUGCUAAGGAAAUCCAUUUGAUGUUGAAGGAGGUUUCUGACAAAUUACAGUCAAUAGGUCAUCAGCCUAAUACUACACAGGUUUUGCUUAAUGUGGAUGAAGAAGCAAAAGAAAGUGCCUUGUAUUAUCACAGUGAAAAGAUUGCUGUUGCAUUUGGGUUAAUCAGUACAAAGGCUCAAACACCACUUCAGGUGGUUAAGAAUCUUCGAAUAUGUGAAGAUUGUCAUUCAUCGAUGAAACUGAUCUCGAAAUUGUACAACCGGAGGAUUGUUGUCAGAGAUCGGAAGAGGUUCCAUCAUUUUGAGGAUGGAUUGUGUUCUUGUAAUGACUUUUGGUAAUUUCUCUAUAAAUGUGUGAUAAAAAGCAUACACAGAUCAUUGAGGUCUGAGAUACAGAAAGUUGGUUAUACAUGGUAGUAAUCUUCGUACUGUUUAUAGAAGCAUUGGUGAAGUAGUCUUUUACAGUGACCUAAACCUCAAUUAUUUUGGGAUGUAAGUACAGUUAUAUGGAUUGGCCGAGGCCCGGCCCAGCUCGAAAAAACCCGGCCUGAAACGAACACGAAACAAGCACGGACCUUUACGUAAUCAUGGGCUGUGGGCCCGGCUGUGCCGUUUUUUUUUGGGGGGAAAAAACACGACAAGGCUCGACUCGACCCGGCACGACAAAUCACGCUAAAUUUAGUAAAAUUAGGCUUAGACAUGACAGCCCAGCCUGGCGCCAUUUUCGGCCUGAAGUCCGACUCGGCUCGGACCACAGCUACGCCCAUUGAAACCAGUAUUUCAGUGUUUCUUGUUUCCGUAGUCCAGUAGAAAGGGCAAGGAACAGCCAUGGAUCCUUUAUGAAGCAUAUUGCAUUGUAAAAAUGAGGCCAGACCUGAAGGCCCAUUUUGUUCCUUACUCUGCUCAUUCCUAGGCACCCUAGCUACUCAGAAGUGCAUGAAUCAUUGGACCUGGCUUGGACACUAUGGCUCUGUUUGGCACUAAGCGGUUAGAUGUUAGCUUUUAGCUCUUUGUGUUAGGUGGUUUGAUCGGCAAUAAGCCUGUACAUUAACUUAUUGAAUGAUGGGUUCGAAUGAGUAAGUUUAACCCCUUGUAAUUAAGUUCACUUUUACUCUUAA